AUGGCCAAACUAACAGACUACCGCCUCCUCUCCUUCGACUGCUACGGCACCCUCGUAGACUGGGAAACCGGCAUCCUCACUAACCUCCAGCCUCUCCUCUCCCGCGCCCCCUCUUCAGCCAGCCUGCCCAAGUCCAAGAUCCUCGAAAUCUACCACACCCUCGAAAAGACCCAACAAACCAAAACCCCAGAUAUGCCAUACUCCCAACUCCUUACCACAAUCUACCCGCAAUUCGCAUCUGAAAUCGGCAUCAAAGACCCCCCAACCGCCCAAGAAAGCCAGACAUUUGGUCACUCAAUCGGAACCUGGCCCGCCUUCCCAGACACCGUUGACGCCCUCCGCCGCCUCUCAAAGCACUAUAAACUCGUUAUCCUCUCCAACGUCGACAGGCAGAGCUUCCGCGCCAGCAAUGCGGGCUCUUUAGGCGGUGUGCAGUUUGACAAGAUCAUUACGGCUCAGGAUGUCGGAUCUUAUAAGCCCGACUUACGGAAUUUCGAAUACAUGCUGAAGAGCGUAAAGGAGGAAUUUGGAGUUGAGAAGGGAGAGGUGUUGCAGACGGCGCAGAGUCAGUUUCAUGAUCAUCAUCCGGCGAGGGAGAUGGGGAUUAAGAGUGUGUGGAUCGAGAGAGGGGGGACGAUGGGGAACGAUGAAGAGGAAGUGUAUGAUUGGAAGUUUGAGACGUUGGGUGAUAUGGCGGAUGCUGUGGAAAGGGAAUUUGAGGGUAAUGUUACGGCCAAAUCUGUCAAACCACCGAUCACAUGA